AUGUUCGCCAAAACUACUCUCAUGAGCGCGCUGCUCAGCGCUGCAUCUGCUGAAAUCAUCUGGGAUGGCCGCUUCAACGACAUGACCUCCUCUUCCGAGCUCUCCGACUGGUCCUUCUCCAACCCCGUCGGCAGCUACCAAUACUACAUCCACGGCUCCGGUCCCGUCACCGACUACGUAAACCUCGAUGCCACCUACAAGAACCCCGCCGACACAGCGUCGAAGCAAGGUGUAAAGAUCACCAUCGACGAGACCGCGAAGUGGAACGGCCAGACCAUGCUGCGCACCGAACUCAUCCCCCAGACCAAGGCUGCCAUCAACAAGGGCAAGGUCUACUACCACUUCUCCGUCAAGACCACGGCUGAGAACGCCCCUACUGCCACCAACGAGCAUCAGGUUGCUUUCUUUGAGAGCCACUUCACUGAGCUGAAGUACGGUGCGUCUGGAUCUUCCAACACCAACUUGCAAUGGCACGUUGGUGGCGUCUCCAAGUGGGACGUUGAGCUCGUCGCCGACGAGUGGCACAACGUUGCUUACGAGAUUGACUUCGAUGCUGGUUCCGUCUCGUUCUGGCACUCCACCGGUGCUGAUGAGUUGAAGCAGACCGCUGGUCCAUUCGACGCGAGCACCCAAUCCAACGGUGCUGACUGGCAUCUUGGUGUCCUAAGGCUUCCAGGUAACGCCGACAAGGACGGCGCUGAGGAUUGGUUCUUCAGCGGUGUAUACAUCGAGGAUGGUGAGCUCACUACCAAGGUUGGCAGUGGAGCUGCCGGCGCGGCCCCGGAGAAGCCUGCUGCCAGUGCCGCCGCACCUUCCAAGGUCGCUUCCUCUGCUGCCCCUGCUGCUACUUCUUCCAAGGCUGCUGUUGCUCCGGUCUCUUCUAGCGCCGCCGCUGUCGAGACCCCUGCUGCCUCUUCCAGCGCUGCCGCUGUCGAGACUCCCGUUGCUUCUUCCACUGCUGCCGCUUCUUCCGUUGCUGCUCCCGUCGAGACUCCGGCUGCUUCCUCUUCCGCCGCCGCUAUCUCUAGCGCCGCUCCCGUUGAGACUCCCGCCGCUUCUUCGACCUCUGCUGCCGCUCCCGUCGCUACUCCUACUGCUGGAGCCGGCUCUGACGCCAAGCUCCCUGAGGAGUUCACCAUCAGCCAGUUCGUCGCUUGGCUCAAGGCCAAGACUGGCAAGAACUAA